GGAACUUCGAGUUGUGUAAAGUGAAGGGUUUUGUGUGUUUAUUCUUAGGCGCUCAAUUCCGUUUCCGACCCCGACGAAAUUUCGUAAAGCAAAGAUGCCGGUCGUUCAGGUACUCAUAUGCUGACUUUCACUUCAAUGAAAUGAAUCAUUUGAUGAUUUAUCACCAUCAAGUUAAUGUACACGACCUUCGAUGUGUGGAAGAGACCAACACCAAUACUUACUAGAACCGAGCAGUUUAUAGCACGCAUGGUGCAUGGAGUAGCAUGGAGUGCAUGGAGCGCAGACCUCUAAGGGACGCAAGAAGCGCGCCCUUUAGCUCCAUUCAGCUCCAUGCCAUGCGAGCUGGCAAACCUUGUAGGUUACUCUGCUAGAAUUGUUCUUGCUGGAUCAAGGUUUUUCGUGUCAACAGAAGACUUCUCACUCUCACUCCCCAACUUUCUACAGGAGGAUAAGCAGGCGAGCCCAGCUCUGUCACCGGUCGCUCCGGAAGCUGCGCCACUGCUAAAAGAGGGAGAAGCCUCUCCGAAGUUGUUGGAAAAGGCCAUUGAAGAAACAGUUAAGUUAACUGGCUUGAUAUAGCAUCUAGACCUACAAUUCCUGGUGAAAAGGAAGGCAGAUCCGUCAUCAUCAUCAUCAUCCUAAUAUAUUUCUAAGCAAUAUUCUCGUUCACAAUCAACACAAGAACUGCAAGUCAAACUAAUUCUCUAAUUCAACUGCUGCUCCAGAAGACGAAGGAGAAGCUGCAGCCCCGACCGCGACUAUGGAAGGAAAGCAACCAGAGACCACUGUGGAAGGAGAGCCGGUCUCUGAUAGUCUGGCCACUGCUGUCGAGAAGGCAGCUGAGGAAGUCAUAGAGGAGGUUUUGGAUAAUGUCC